AUGGCCGUAUUCGUCCGUGUGUCGGGACCCCCCAAUGGUAACUUUCUCGUUGGCUACCCCGGCAUAUCCGCGACCUUGCCGCGCAUUGAAGGCAAGGUUGAGAUUCGCCCCAGUACCGGUGUUUCCGCUCCAGUCCACGUCUCCAUGGUUACAAUAUGUCUCCAGCGACGAGAAACCAUACACCCGUCGGCAGAUUCCGUGACGAAAAGACAUCUGGCUGCCCCUCGGAAGGAACUAACAGAUAUUGUGGGCAAAGAGAUGCUACUAUUUCGUUGUGCAAUGGGACGUGACCAUGAAGAAAUCAUCGCAAUGGACCUCCCUUUCGUGCUUUUCAUUCCCUUCGGUCGAGGCGGACAAGAAGCGUCAAGACGACUACCACCAGCAAGUCUACAAUUGCCCAGUCGAACAGCAGAGACAUACUACGAAUUGGUUGUAAUGGUACAGCAGGGUCCAUCAGACCAGAGGAAAUACGCCUUCCCCAUCCCAAUCUCCAGAUACGAUACCCUUUCCACAUUUGGCAUGUAUAACCGGCCUGAGUCAUCGGAGAAAGUCACAGACCACCUAGUAAGGCUGGGAAUAUCCCUCCCACGGUGGUCGUACGGACCCCUGGACCCCAUCAGCGUAUACGUCAAACUCUCGCCCAACCCGGACUGGAUAAACAAAGCUCGACGGGUCACAAUACAAAAAAUCUCCAUCUCCAUCGACGAGGAGAUAAUCUAUAACCACGAAGGCGACGAGCCGCAACGAAAAACCAAAACUCUCACAAAACGAACGGAGAACGUUAACUUGAAGCUGCCGGAGGCGGGAUAUAUCUCAAAUCUAGGCCUUGUAUUUCCCUCUAGAGAUCUAAGAGAUUCAGAGGGCAUCCUGCCGCGGGGGAAACCAGCGUUCCCGAUGUACGCUGUUAGCGGAUUUACCACUACUGCGUCCCUAUAUAGGAUUGAAUACUACCUAACUGUAAAGGCUCAUCUAACCUCAGCACGAGACAUCGUCCUCCGGCAACCGAUCGUAGUGUGCCCACUCGACCACGCAGGCUGUAAAGAGGAAAUGGAAGCCAUCGAGCAAGCCGCCCGAGAUGCCAGACAUAUCAACCCCGAUAAUCCCAUGCUGCCACUCCCCACCAUCAUUCGCGUCCAUGACCCGCAAGCCCGGAAGUAUCUGGGCGUUGCUAUUGUCGGCAAUGUGAAGAAGCCGGUGAUUGAUUGA